AUGUCGGACUGCAAAACUGAGCAACGAGUUAACAUCAAGUUUCUGGUUAAACUUACGAAAUCCUCGUCGGAAACUUUUCAAUUAUUGACUGAGGCUUACGGUGAAGAUUGCAUGUCUCGUGCACGCGUUUUUGAAUGGCACAAACGAUUUUCGGAAGGCAGAGAAACCGUGAAAGAUGAUGACCGUCCAGGCCGCCCACGCACAGCAGUUACCGAUGACAAAAUUGAAAAAAUUCGAGAUAUGAUUAGAAAAAACCGUAGGUUGGGUGUUCGAGCAAUAGCUGAGAAAGUUAAUUUAGACAGGGAAAGUGUUCGGCGCAUUCUAAAGGAAGAAUUGAACAUGACAAGGAUUAAGUCCGUGCUCAAAGGAACCAAUUUUUUGUCGGAAGAAGAAGUGAAAGCAAAAACGAUGGAGCUCCUCAACAGCCUUACAGAACAUGAUCUGCGGAAUUGCUUUGAACUGUGGCAGCAUCGUAUGCAGCUGUGUGUCAACUCAGAAGGGAACUACUUUGAAGGCGAUCACAGUUGA